CACUCCUGCAAUUAUCAAUGCCUGCUUUUGUCUUCUGUAUAUAUUACUGGAAGAUUGAAGGUUUUUUGGACAUAACUUUCGGAAGGGUGAUGGGGUAUAGAGAAGAAAACAAAUCACUGAUGCAAAGGAAACUUUGUGUUUGAGACACACUUCUGUAUUUAAUUAAAUCAUAUUAAUAUCGGUCAAACAGAAAAUAAUAAAAGCAUGACAUUAAUUAGACAGGAUAGGAAAAAAAUGUAGGCUAAUAAUUAUUGUUAAGCUCGUAUAAACAAUUCUUCUUUACGUGUGCGAGUUUUAAAUCGCAAUAAUUACUUCGCUCGUUUCCACAAAUGUGUCUGUAGGCCUCUGCUGUUCUCAAACUCCGCGUGCUCACAUUCAUACACUAGGCUAUAUGUAAGUGUGUGUUCAUAAGCAGAUGGAGUGAGUAAUUUCAUCAGGUCAGUUUCACGCAGCCUUGAGCAUCAGAUGACGGGCUGAACUGUGUCCUGCUACAUCCUAGCGGUCGCUCUCCGCAAUGGGCUCGACUCAAACCUCCAGCAAAGCCCUCACACACACGACACACAGUCUCACACACGGACACACACCUCUCCAGCGCCAUCACCGACAGCUAACAAACUUCUGACGCAUCGCGCAGCUGAAUGUAAACACGAACGCGACAGAGACAGCGGCAGAGAAACCUCCGGCUUCCAUCGCGGACGAUCUUCGGGCGGUUCGCGGAUCUUGUAGGCCUGGAGCGAGAGUCCUCAGACGGGCUCGAGAAGACCCAAGCGCUGCAGAAUCCCGAAACCAGUGAUGUGCGGCGGGACACGCGUUAAACUGAUGAACUUCCAACACUUGAACUAACUUUUAAACAGUGCUGCUAAGCAUUUUAAAACAAAAAGACAACCGCCUUCCUCCAGGCUUGCCGGCGUAAACUUUUGCGCACCAGUUUGCUGAUAUUGGGAACAUUUUAACAUCGGAGGAGGACGUUUUCUUUCUUCACUUCAUUGAGAGAAAGAGAGCGAUGAUUGUGUUAAGCGUUCAUGGAAUGUAAUGGAAGAGAGGAGCCUUUCCACAGAAGAAAAGUUAUUCUGAGCAGGAGCCACCCGCUUUAACUGUUGGGAAUAUUCAUUUAAACCAUACAGUGUAAAAUCGUGCUAAAAUGAACUAAUGAGAAAAAUCCCCACAGUGAAAAGAAAACAGUUGACCCUCCUCCUCCUCCUCUGGGCGUUAGAGGUGAUUUUGGGUGGAUGGUGAUAUUUGAAGGUGAAGUAGUAAAUUGCGGAGUCCGUCCCUCAUUUCCAUAUCAGUUGUGCCCACUGGAGCUCUGCCAAUCCGAAGUAUCAUUCACUAUCAUAAUGAUACAUCCGCAUAACAGCAGAUCAAAUCCCUUAUUUUGCCGCUUGACUUUUUGAGAAGAUUUUUUUUUCUUUCUGCGGAUCUCUGCUGAUGUGUGUGAAUAAGGAAGAAUGUCCCGUCGGAAGCAGGCGAAACCUCAGCAGCUGAGAUCGGACGAGGACCCUUCACUUCUGGAGCUGCUUCCUGAGCACGUCUCAGGUGAAGGAGUGGAUGAUUCAGACAGUGGAAAUGAGAGCCGCAGUGGGAGUGAAGAGACCCAUGUGUGUGAAAAGUGUUGUGCUGAGUUCUUUAAGUGGUCAGAUUUCUGUGAACAUCUGAAGACCUGUACCAAGAAUCCACUUGUGUUAAUUAUCAGUGACAAUGAGGUGACUUCAGAGCCAGCACAAGAAUACCUACCUGAGCCUUCACCUGUGCCCAGCUGCAGCAGCGAGCCGGCAGAGAGCGAGGAUGCUGUAGAGGGAAGCCACAUGCCCACUGAAGGUGAUGAAGGAGCAGAGAUGAUGCUGGAUCCAGGUGCUGUCCUGGAGAAAGAAGAUGAACCCAUGGAAGUGGAACUGUCUCCUGAGAAACCCAUAGAUUCUGAAGAUCAAGUUUCACUGGCAGAGCCAGACAUAAGCCUACCUCAACUUGAGGAUCACAAGCAGUCUUCUGGGGCGGGGUACUCUAUACCCAACACUAAUGUCACACUGGAAACACUGCAUGGGACCCGUGUGGCUGUGGCCCAGUUCUCUCAGGGUGCCCGUGGAGCACUAGCUGGUGAGGUGUCGACUAUGGCCAUUCCUAUGAUCUUGGACCAGCUCAUGGCCUUGCAGCAACAACAGCUCCAUCAGCUUCAAUUGAUAGAGCAGAUUCGGAGCCAGGUGGCGCUAAUAAACAAACAGGCCCCCACGCAGACAGCUGUCAAUCAUCAAGUAGACCACAGCAUGAAUGCUGCCUUACAAGUAACCUCAUCCUCCAGCUUACCCACUAUGCCUGGGCAGCUUCAUCUCCGUGGCUUUAUUACACCCCCUGUGCAUCAGCUUCCUAUCAAGGGGCCCUCCAAUUUAAACGGACAGGUCUCAGCCUCGUUAUCUUCAGCUCUGGAGGUAGCCUGUUCUAAUGUCCCUCAGACGGGUGGCCAACUGGCGAGUUCUGGGACGAAAAGCAAUAUCACAAUGAAUUCCUUGUAUCCAUCAACCAGUAAUGUUGUUGCCUCUCAGAUGCCACCAUGCUCAGUGGCGAUUAGCAGCAGUAGCUGCACCAGUAGUAGCACAGGAACUGGGGGUGAAGUAAGUUGUUGUAUUUCACUUCCAAGGAACACACCUAGUCCUUUAACACUGACUCAUGGAAGAUUGCUAACAUCCCCCUCCAGCCUUCCCCUUGUACCUCACAGCUCACCCAACAGUGUUAUCUUUCCUAAUCCUCUAGCCAGUAUUGCAGCAACAACAAAUGCUCUCGAUCCUCUUUCCGCCCUGAUGAAGCACCGCAAAGGAAAGCCCCCAAAUGUCUCUGUGUUUGACACCAAAACCAGUUCAGAAGAUCCCUUCUUCAAACACAAGUGCAGAUUUUGUGCCAAGGUGUUUGGAAGUGACAGUGCCCUGCAAAUUCACCUUCGUUCCCAUACUGGUGAAAGGCCUUUCAAAUGCAACAUCUGUGGCAAUCGCUUCUCCACAAAGGGCAACUUGAAGGUUCAUUUUCAGAGACACAAAGAAAAGUAUCCUCACAUCCAAAUGAACCCAUAUCCUGUUCCUGAGUAUCUAGACAACGUUCCAACCAGCUCAGGUAUACCGUACGGGAUGUCCUUGCCCCCGGAAAAACCUGUUACCACAUGGCUGGACAGCAAACCUGUUUUGUCUACAAUCCCGACAUCAGUAGCACUGCAACUCCCUCCAACUAUACCCAGUAUUAUAGGAAACUAUGGGGAUUCAAGUAGUUUCACCCCUUUAAGCAGGUCACCUCAAAGGCCAUCGCCGCCGUCAAGUGAGUGUACAUCUUUGUCUCCUAAUCACCUCAUUGCUGAGGUCAGUAUUGCACAAAUUUCCAGUUCACCACAACCUAAUGUGGCGAGUGACACACCGCCAGUUCUCAAACCUGAAGCCUUUCAUCUACCACCCAACUCCACCACCAGGCCUGGAGAAACCAGCAUAUCGAUUACUUCCAUACCCCAGGUGACUUCUACAACCACAGUCACAACCACAGCUAGCACCAGAACACAGAUCACCGACUCAACGAAUACUCCGUCUGCUGUCUCUCAUCCCUCCCUACAAAUGGUGUCCAGUCAGUUUAAGCCCAAGUUUCCUUUUGGCGGCCUCCUGGACUCUAUGCAAACAUCAGAGACCUCAAAACUACAGCAACUGGUGGAAAAUAUUGAUAAGAAGAUGACAGACCCCAACCAAUGUGUUAUCUGUCAUCGUGUGCUUAGUUGUCAGAGUGCCCUGAAGAUGCACUAUCGCAUCCAUACAGGAGAAAGACCCUUUAAAUGCAAAAUAUGUGGUCGUGCUUUCACGACCAAGGGUAAUUUGAAAACACACUUUGGGGUUCACAGAUCAAAGCCCCCUCUCCGGGUACAGCACUCUUGUCCCAUAUGCCAGAAAAAGUUUACUAAUGCUGUCGUUUUGCAGCAACACAUCCGCAUGCAUAUGGGUGGACAGAUUCCUAACACACCCCUGCCUGAGAGUUUUCAGGACAUGGACACAGAUCUCUCCUUUGAUGAAAAGAGCUUAGAUACCAUGAGCAACUACGACGAUGAGCUAAUUGAUGAGAUGGACCAAGCAACAGAAGAUGAAACGGGUCUUAAAGAAGGGAAUGUGGACUCACCCAAACAACUCCUUUUAUACUCAGAGAUGUCUCCAAGCACGUCACCCCCAACCUCUCUUAUCUCUAGCAUUGUUGCUUUGGAGAAUGAAAUGAAGCUCACUGACCCAACAGUUAACGUAACCCAUUCCUUCAGCCUAAAGCCUCCAGAAAAUGGGAGUGAAAUUGAUGGGGAAAAUGGAGACAUGUUUAAGAAUGACUCAUCAUCCACUGUAGAAGACUUGGAGAACCACAGUGUUGGGAGUCCGGCACAGUCUGAAUCAUCUGGUUCUAUGCAGGCGCUGUCUCCUGCCUACAGCCAGUCUGAGAGUCAUCGCUCCAAGUCCCCUUCUCAGGCAAACAGCGGCAGCAAGGAAGAGGCUCUGCAUUCCUCUUCAGUGAGUGCAACAGUGAAGUCUGAACAGUCAGACACCCCUUCUCCUGGAUCAGAAAACACAGGCGCAUUAGAUCUCACUGCCACACAGCCGAACAGGUCAUUUGUCAAAGACGAGAAUCACUUCAGUCUGCUGUUCCUGGGAAGAGACAGAGGUUUAAACACUCCCAGUAUUAUGAGCUCAGAAUCAAGCACAGUAAAAUAUGAGAAUGGACACAGUAAACCACCGGCCUUGUGUGAGGGGCCCCACUUACCAGUUGGCCCCCAGGUACCUAUCGCACCCUCUCAGACAACAAUAAGCCCCAAUCUCACUCCAAUGCUGGCACCGCCCCCACCUCGGCGGACCCCCAAACAACAUAACUGCCACUCCUGUGGGAAGAAUUUUUCGUCAGCCAGCGCUCUUCAGAUCCACGAGCGCACUCACACAGGAGAAAAACCAUUCGGCUGCUCCAUCUGUGGCAGAGCCUUCACCACAAAGGGAAAUCUGAAGGUCCACAUGGGAACCCACAUGUGGAACAAUGCCCCGGCCCGGCGGGGAAGACGACUCUCCGUGGAGAACCCGAUGGCUCUUCUAGGGGGAGAUGCCAUAAAAUUCAGCGAGAUGUUUCAGAAGGAUCUUGCAGCUCGAGCAAUCAACGUAGACCCAGGCUUCUGGAAUCAGUAUGCUGUAGCCAUCACCAAUGGACUGGCAAUGAAAAACAAUGAGAUCUCUGUCAUUCAGAACGGAGGCAUUCCUUCGAUUCCCAUUAGUCUGAGUGGCGGUGGCAUUCCCGCUGUAGGAGGAAUGUCCGGAGGGAUAGAGAGGUCUCACACUGGGAGCAGCCCUCCAGUGACCGCACUUGAGAAGACUAACCUGGAAGUGGGAACUGGACACCCCUUCUCCAGAUUCAGGGAAAAGGACAAAGAAAUUGGGAUUAAUUGAUGACUUGCGUUUAGAAAAGGAUACAGACAAAAAGAUUGAAAAAAAGUAACACUUAAUCCAGUUUGAGUUAUGUAUUAUAUUGUACAAAUGAAGUCUGAUAUGCUGUUUAGAUUUGGAGCUCUAGUAUUUAGUGUUCUUCAGUCCUACUGUACAUUAAUUCAUACAAAGAAAACGUGUGUCUCGUUUGAAAAACGUUUGUCUUGAAAGGUUUGCAUGGUACUUACUGGUUUCUAUCAGUAUGUUUCUUCAUAGUAUGACGCUCUGACAUGUAUAUAUAUAUACGUGCGUCAGUGGACACGGGCAAAAAGAAAAGAAGAAUAGACGUACGGUUGCUUCGUGGUACGUGAAAGGAUGGAAACAUGAAAUUGGAUAUCUUAGUCAGCUUUUUCAAUCGUGGAAGCUCGACCAGACAAAAAUGUUGUAACUAUUUUAAUUUUUACAUUAAUUUUCCAGCCAUGUUCUUAUAUUAAUGUUCUGUGUCUUAAUAUUUAUGGUAUAAAUUAACAGUAGGUAUUAAAAGAUAUUUAAUUGCCCUGAGUUUCUAUUAAUCUAUUUUAAUUUCAUUUCAUUUUUUUCUAAAUUGUAAUUCUAAAUAUAUAUUGAAAUGAAGACAGAAAAAAAUCUUUGUUUUAUCAAUGCAAUCAUAUUGAGGUGUUUUUGUUUUUUGAUAUCUAGCCUGCUGUGUAACACGACGAGACAGCGACGAUAUCUGAAGCUGCUACAUUCACAAGCCUCUUUUUAUCCUUUGUAAAGAAAUAAAACAGAGUUCUACAAAAACAGUUUGCGUUAAAUAGCUGCAAUUCUACUGAGUACAAACAGAACUGGUAUGCACAUUUUGUAAGACGACACAAAAAAUAUGUUGAUUUGUCAUGUUUGUGAAUGCACUUUUUGGAGGAAUGGUCUUGUUUGUGAGAUUGUAAUACCGUGGGACUGAGCUAUCUAUAACUUUUUUUUUUCUUUCUUUUUCUUUUUUUCCUGUUCGCUUUUGGGGUUUGUAAAUGUGAGAUCUGGAUGUAGCACAGGAAUAUGAGCCCCCAAAUCUCCAGACAUUCUGUCCAGUCAAGCUCAAAUAAAAUGAGAAAUGAUUCUGUCUGUUUAA